AUGGUCGUGGACGUGGUCGUGGACGUGGACGUGGUCGUGGACGUGGACGUGGACGUGGAGGUGGACGUGGACUUGGACAUAAACGUGGACGUGGACGUGGACGUGGACGUGGACGUGGACAUGGACGUGGACGUGGACGUGGACGUGGACGUGGUCGUGGACGUGGACGUGGACAUGGACCUGGACGUGGACGUGGACAUGGACAUGGACGUGGACGUCGACUUGGACGUGGACGUGGACGUGGACGUGGACGUGGACGUGGAUGUGGUCAUGGACUUGGACAUGGUCGUGGACGUGGUCGUGGACGUGGACGUGGUUGUGGACGUGGACGUGGACGUGGACGUGGACGUAGACGUGGACAUGGACGUGGACGUGGACGUGGACCUGGACCUGGACGUGGACGUGGACGUGGACGUGGACGUCGACGUGGACGUGGACGUGGACGUGGACGUGGACGUGGACUUGGACGUGGACUUGGACAUGGUCGUGGACGUGGUCGUGGACGUGGACAUGGUCGUGGACGUGGACGUGGACGUGGACGUUGACGUGGACUUGGACGUGGACGUGGACGUGGACAUGGUCGUGGACGUGGACGUGGACGUGGACGUGGACGUGGACGUGGACGUGGACGUGGACGUGGACGUGGACGUGGACGUGGACGUGGACCUGGACGUGGACCUGGACGUGGACGUGGACGUGGACGUGGACGUGGACGUGGACGUGGUCGUGGACGUGGACGUGGACGUGGACGUGGACGUGGACGUGGACGUGGACGUGGACUUGGACGUGGACUUGGACGUGGACGUGGACGUGGACGUGGACGUGAACGUGGACGUAGUCGUGGACGUGGUCGUGGACGUGGACGUGGACGUGGACGUGGACGUGGACGUGGACGUGGUCGUGGACGUGGACGUGGACGUGGAAGUGGACGUGGACGUGGAGGUGGACGUGGAGGUGGACGUGGAGGUGGACGUAGACGUGGUCGUGGACGUGGACGUGGACGUGGACGUGGACGUGGACGUAGACCUGGACGUCGACGUGGACGUGGUCGUGGUCGUGGACGUGGACGUGGACGUGGACGUGGUCGUGGACGUGGACGUGGACGUGGACGUGGACAUGGACGUGAACGUGGACGUGGUCGUGGACGUGGACGUGGACGUGGACGUGGACGUGGAGGUGGAUGUGGACGUGGACAUAGAUGUGGUCGUGGACUUGGACGUGGACGUGGUCGUGGACGUACACGUGGACUUGGACGUGGACGUGGACGUGGACGUGGACAUGGACGUGGACGUGGACGUGGACGUGGACGUGGACGUACACGUGGACGUGGACGUGGACGUGGACGUACACGUGGACGUGGACGUGGACAUGGACGUGGACGUGGAGGAGGACGUGGACGUGGACGUGGACGUGGACGAGGACGUGGACGUGGACGAGGACGUGGACGUGGACGUGGACGUGGACAUGGACGUGGACGUGGACGUGGACGUGGACAUGGACGUGGACGUGGACGUGGACGUGGACAUGGACGUGGACGUGGACGUGGACGUGGACGUGGACAUGGACGUGGACGUGGACGUGGACGUGGACGUGGAGGUGGACGUGGAGGUGGACGUAGACGUGGUCGUGGACGUGGACGUGGACGUGGACGUGGACGUGGACGUGGACGUGGACGUGGACGUGGACGUGGACGUGGACUUGGACGUGGACGUGGACAUGGACGUGGACGUGGACGUGGACGUGGACGUGGACGUGGACGUGGAGGUGGACGUGGAGGUGGACGUAGACGUGGUCGUGGACGUGGACGUGGACGUGGACGUGGACGUGGACGUGGACGUGGACGUGGACAUGGACGUGGACGUGGACGUAGACAUAGAAAUGGACCUGGACGUGGACGUGGACAUGGACGUGGACGUGGACGUGGACGUGGACGUGGACAUGGACGUGGACAUGGACGUGGACAUGGACGUGGACGUGGACGUGGACAUGGACGUGGACGUGGACGUGGCCAUAGACGUGGACGUGGACGUGGACGUGGACGUGGACGUGGACGUGGACAUAGACGUGGACGUGGACGUGGACGUGGACGUGGACGUGGACGUCGACGUCGACGUGGACGUGGACGUCGACGUGGACGUGGACGUGGACGUGGACGUGGACGUGGACGUAGACGUGGACGUGGACGUGGACGUGUGGACUUGGACGUAG